ACAUCCAAUAAAUUACAAACUGUAAGGGAUUAUAAUAGAAAUUAGUUUCGUGUAAUAUUAAUAGAGUGCAUUAUUCAUCGAAUAAUUGUAAAACAAGACAAAUAGAUCAAAUGAUUGUUUAAUAGUAAAUAAAUUUAAUUUUCUAAAUUUCGAAAAAUAAUAUUGAAAAUUAAUUUUUAAAGUGAACCAAGGAUUUAUAUCUUAUUUUUAUAUCAUAAAUUUAUUAGUGUUUCAAAAUCAACAUAUGAAACUUUCAUAAUAAAAAUUAAAAACAUUUGAAACGAGAAAAGUUACUCGACAACAUGUUGCUAUCCACGAAGCUUCUGAUCGUUGUAUGGCUCCUCCGAUUGCAUUCAAUAUUGGCAGCUGUUGUUGUUAAUCGCCAAGUUGACAAUGUUUCUUCGUGUAACCUGCCGGAACCUCUGUUAAAAGAAAUAGAUUCUUACGAGAUAAUAGCUCGUGCCAUAAUGAACGAGGCCUUGAAUGGAUCCUUCAAAGGAACCACGUGGACCGGAUUAAGCUAUUUCACGGAAAAAUUUGGUCCUAGACUGUCCGGAUCCCAGCCGUUGGAACGUUCCAUCGACUACGUGUUGAAAGAAUCUGCCGAUUACGGAUUAGAAAACGUCCACGGUGAAAAUGUCACCGUGCCAUUUUGGGUGAGAGGAGAAGAAUCAGCAACUCUUUUGAGUCCCAGGCAAAUGGAUAUCGCUAUUCUGGGAUUAGGCACCAGCAUAGCUACCCCGCUACCCGAAGGUAUAACCGCGGAGGCCAUCGUAGUGAACAGUUUCGAAGAAUUGAUCGACAGAAAAAACGAAGUACCUGGAAAGAUCGUCGUAUAUAACCAGGAAUUUGUUUCGUACGGUGAAACUGUAAGAUAUCGAACUAAUGGAGCAACAGAAGCAUCGAAAUACGGGGCUGUCGCUGCCCUGAUUCGAUCGGUUACGCCAUAUUCGUUGUAUACUCCGCACACGGGUCACCAGUCGUACGGUGAGAAUGUGACCAAGAUUCCAGUGGCCUCGAUCACUGUCGAAGACGCUACUUUGUUGAGAGCAAUGGCGAACAGAAAUGAAUUGAUUAUAAUUAAUUUGAAAAUGCAAGCGGUAAAUCUACCACCCACGAUAUCGCGAAAUGUUGUCGCCGAUUUCCGAGGUUCCACAAAUCCUGAAAAGAUUGUCGUCGUUUCUGGCCAUAUCGAUAGUUGGGACGUUGGUCUAGGAGCAAUGGACGACGGUGGUGGUGCAUUCAUUUCGUGGUAUGCUGUGAAACUAUUGAAAUAUCUUAAUUACAGGCCACGACGAACAGUAAGAUUGAUCAUGUGGACAGCAGAAGAAAUGGGAUAUGUAGGAGCUCUAGAUUUCAUCAAGAACCAUAAAUCUGAACAAAAUAACUUACAGUUUGUAAUGGAAUCGGAUUCAGGCACGUUCACGCCUUUGGGCAUUGAAUAUACCGGUACAGAUAUAGUUGGAUGCAUCUUAGAAAGGAUUAUGACCCUCUUGUCUCCUAUGGGAAACCUGACGGUUCGCAGUCCUAACCAAGGACCCGAUAUCUCCACUUGGAUAAACGAAGGUGUACCAGGAGGUUCUCUUUGGAAUCAGGAUGAUAAAUAUUUUUAUUACCAUCACACGAAGGCGGAUACUAUGUUGGUCGAAAAUUCAGAUUCUCUUGACAAAGGAACAGCUCUUUUUGCUGCAGUGGCAUAUAUUCUUGCCGAUCUUAGCAUAGAUUUACCACGACACAAAUGAUGAAACUGUUAUACUAUUAAUGAAAAAAAUUUAUAAAAAAAAAAGAAGGAAAUAUUUAUGAUUAAUCUUUAUAUUAAAAUUUGUAUAAUUUUCAUAUAAAAUGUGAAAUAAUGAAUAAUGAAAAACAGAAUGAAUAUAUAUAUAUAUUUAUUAUUCAGCAAAACCUGUGAAAUUGAUAUUAGAAUAUAUAAUUUCAAUUUCUGGUAUGAAAUGUGAAAAAGUAAAUGUUUUAUUAAAUUAUAAAAUAAAGUUUUGUAAAAU